UCAGUCAAAACACGCCGUUUACUGAGCGGCUGUGUUUGCAUUUCCCCCCACACCCAACCCCUAUAGAAAAGCCAGAACGUCGACAACAUUUGUUGCCUUUCUUUUGUGCUUUGUUUUUCAUUUCACCUAUAUGUACUCAAGCACAAAUUUCAGAUCUUCAUUCAAAGUUUACGCAUAAUUCAAAUUCACAACAAACAAUACCGCAGAUGUACCUUCAUGUGGAUAUCAAUUUAUAGGAAAGUCGUUGGACUAAUAUCAAUGUCUGUUCCCAAACAGAUGUUGGUAUACAUAUCACUUUGUCCAGGUACCGUUUAGUGUACCUGUCCAUACUUGUGGCUAUUUACGCAUGAUUUUGUCGGGGUACUAGGAAGAUACCUGUCCGUACAUGCGUCAAUUGCUUGUUUAUAUCACAUGAUCUUUGUUCACAAGCAAUUGUUUGAUUCACAUGAUCUUGUCGGGGUACGGGCCGGGUACCUGUCCGUACAUGUGAUUAUUUAACGCAUGACUUUGUCGGGGUACUAACAGGGUACCUGUCCGUACAUGCGUGGUUCACAAGUAACUGCUUGUUUUAUCACAUGAUUUUGUCGGGGUACCGUUACUGUACCUGUCCGUACAUGUGAUUUAUUUGGUGCAUGGCUUUGUCGGGGCGGGUUGUCCAAGAACCACAGUGACUUAAAUAACCUUUGUAUCUGACGGUUUGCUUUUUCACCGUUAUACCGCAUUUCUCAGAUACCCGGCAUGACACUCCAAUACAAUCGAUAUAACUAGGAAUGUGUCAUCAUGCAUACAAAAUUUGUCCUGAUGUAUUACUCUGCUCACUGUCUUAACGCUUUACUAUUGUCGAGCCCCAGUAAUGCCUCCAAGGAAGAAGGCACGCAAAGCAGCGAGGCCGGAAGCCGGGGAUGAUCCGUCCCCGACGGAGCGAGGAGAUCAGCCAUCUCCAGAGGAUGCACCCCCGCAACCUACUCGCAAGGCUCCGGAUAAACCCAAGCUGACAAUGAAGUUUCUACAAAAGCAACUAGAGGACUUGCAACAAGUUACUACGCAGAUAGCGAACAAACUGAACUCUACAAAUUCCAGUGACCCCCAGACUCCAGGUGCGUUACCAACAGACGGAGGGUCAGCAGGACUUGUAGGUCUUAACACCUCUCCUAGCUCAGUGACUGUAACCCAUGUAACCGAUACCCCUGGCGUGUUGCCAAUAGCUACCACAAGUGGGGCACUGGAUCCUCAGCCCCCAUCUCUUCCGUCCAUCAACCCAAACGCCCAGAUGCCAGGCCUAGGCUCGACCCUGGCUUCCAGCAUUCUAGGUAGAGCGGUUCCGCAGGAAAUACCCACACAUGGCAACUCAUCCGGUCAGGGUGCCUCCCCAUCUCCUGCCCAGCAGCUUAAUCGACUAGUCGACAACUUGCUUGUUCAAUCCUUAGCACCUUCUACAAUCUCAGCUUAUCGCCUGGCGUGGCAGCAUUUCCGUCAAUUCAGCCUUGAAAUCCACUGUACAGCCAAUAUCAAGCCCCCUAUUCCAGAGCCUAUAGUAUGCCAGUUUAUUUCCUACUUACAUAGUAAGGGAUUUGCCCCAGCGUCGAUAGCAUCUAAACUUUCAGCUAUAGGUUUCAUUCACAAAAUCCAAAAUCUACAAGACCCCACUUCUACUUUCGUCGUUCGCAAGUUGAUGCACUCAAUACAAAAGAACCACGUACCCGACGGAAGGUUGCCCAUAACGCCUCCUAUUCUUUCCCAAUUGAUUGAUGCCUUGAAGUUCAUAAAGACCACGUACUACAAUCAGUGCCUGUAUGAGGCAAUGUUCACGUUUAUGUUCUACUCUUUAGCUCGCAUAAGCGAAGUAACGGUAACUAAUUCUUCCCAACACACUCUGACCUUAGCGGACCUCAGGGGUAAUCUGGACUCUAAUAGUGGCCUAACUUCCUUCUUGGUACAGUUUAAGACGUACAAACACAGCAGUCCUUCAGCCCAAUCCACCAUCCAGAUCCAACCACACCCAGAAAGUCCGCACUGCCCGGUGGUAAGCCUUGCUAAGUACCUCCAACUACGGGGAAGGAACCCGGGGUACCUGUUCCAACGUAGGGAUGGUUGCCCUGUUACCAGCGAUAACUUUGCCAAGCCUUGAUACAUGGUGUGUUACCCAUAUGUCUGAUCAACUACAACAUUUGAACAGGGUGAGUUACCCAGAGUUCGAUAACAACAGUAAGUUCCCUGCUUGCAUCCUAAACCAAGCUACAUUGGAAUACAACGUUUAGGGUGCCCUGCUCAAGGUUAUGAUAGCAAUAGCUAGCUCCAUGCCUGUAUUGAACACCUGGCCAGUGCGGCUUUUAUGCCGGUAUACGGUGAGUUACCUUAGUUCUGAUAAUAACAGCUGACUAGUACAGGUUUGUUUGUUUUCUAAACCAAACUGGAUAGCAUAGCUAUACUCUUAUAAUAAGUAGAUUUGUUGAUUCUUAGUCCCUGAGUAGUCUCCCAGUUAUGAAUGUAUUACCUUGCGUAAUUCCAUACUACCCUACAGCACAUAAAUGUAUGCUAACUCAAUAGAAACUUUUCUUUCUGUCGUUGCUCCGUAGCGAAAUGUAUUACCAGGUGUCACUCCAUGUCACUUUACGGUAAACAAUUUUAUGCUAACGCUGUAUAGGGAAAAAACAGAUAGUUUACAAUACUCAAGGAUACGAAGUUAGAUUUAUAAAUAAAGCGAUCGACACUGUUAGUCUAAGUUACAGCCAUGCUGCUCAGGUUACUUUCAUAAUAUGCCAGUAUUUUUCUCUAAACGUACCCUACAAUACUCUACAGAUCCUAGGCAACAUUUGCAUUACGUCAAUAUUUCAGCAUCGCACCUAAAAAGUCGUUUCAGACUGUUGUAUAGAAACUAGCUCAGACGUUUUGUUUGUUCACCUUCGCCACAUUUCAGUUUAUUGAACAUUUCUUGUUUUUAACGUUUUUAACGUUUAAGUGGUGGUAAACCAGUACUCAAAUUAUGUUGGAAAUCUUAUAAUGUUCGUAAACUUGUAUGAUUGGCAUGUGACCUUUAUACGAAAAACCUUUUCACGAGAUAUAUGGAACCGUUGUCAUGGUAACCAUUUGGCGUGUUGCCAAAUAUUGAGAAUGAUACAUAUUUAUGUAAUGAUUCUAUGUUUUUUCCAUUCUGUAUGCCAAUCUUGACAAUAUACCUGUUUUUCCGCCAAA